AUGGGCUUUCAAAAUCAGACAAGUGUUUCUGAGUUCCUCCUCCUAGGCCUCACUCAGGAUCCAGAGCACCAGAGAUUUCUCUUUGGACUAUUCCUGGCUAUGUACCUAGUCACUCUGGCUGGGAACCUGCUGAUUGUCCUGGCCAUUGUCUCUGAUGUCCGCCUCCAUACUCCCAUGUACUUCUUCUUGGCCAACCUCUCCUUCACUGAUGUCUGUUUUGUGUCUAAUACAGUUCCCAAGAUGCUGGUAAAUUUAUUUACCCAGAAAAAGGCCAUCUCCUAUGGGUGCUUGAUACAGUUGUAUUUUUUAGUUUCUUUGGUGGCUCUGGACAAUCUCCUCCUGGCAGUGAUGGCUUACGACCGUUUUGUAGCCAUCUGCCGUCCCCUUCACUAUACCACAAUCAUGAGCUCCAGACUGUGCCUUCUGUUGCUGGUCCCAUGCUGGGUCCUCUCCAUUCUUUAUGGACUGACCCACACAAUCCUCAUGGCCACCUUGACAUUCUGUGGGUCGAGGGAGAUCAGUCACAUCUUCUGUGAGAUGUAUGUCCUGCUACAAUUGGCCUGCUCUGACACCCGAGUCAACCAGGCAGUGCUACUCACAACAGGCUCUCUCCUCUUCAUUGUUCCCUUUCUGCUUAUGCUCAUUUCCUAUGGUCAAAUUGUCAAGGCCAUUCUGAAGAUCCCCUCAGUCACUGGGAAAUACAAAGCAUUCUCUACCUGUGCCUCACACCUGGCUGUGGUCUCCCUGUUUUAUGGUACCCUAUUUGGGGUGUAUUUGCAACCUGUGAAAACGUAUUCUGUGAAAGACUCAGUGGCCACUGUGAUGUAUGCUGUUGUGACUCCCAUGUUCAACCCCUUCAUCUAUAGUUUAAGGAACCAGGACAUGAAAGGGGCCCUGAAGAAGCUUCUCAGAAGGAAAACUGUCCCUUAA